CAGCUAUAUUUCAUACGUAUGUAAACCGGGCCGGUCACCAGUCACUAUCGUGAGAAAUUAUAUUGUGCUUUGUUGUGCUACGCCUACAGCGCGUCUUCCAUCAAAACCACCAUGUCGAGCCGAGGUCGUUCGACGUCGCCAAAACCGCUGCAAGACAGAGACCGCAAUGCAUCCAUGUCUCCACCGUCGUCUCCCCAUGCCAACGCCAAAGUCGUCAUCGUGACAAACCUCACCAGAAAUGUCGUCGAAUCCCACCUCCAAACCAUCUUUGGCUUUUAUGGCCAUAUAAUAAAAAUUGACUUGCCGUUAUUUGUAAAAUCUGGGCAAAACAGAGGAAAAGCUGCUUUGGAAUACUCAAACCCUUCUUCAGCACACAAAGCAGCCUCGCACAUGAACGGUGGCCAGCUUGACGGUGCUAUACUCAAAGUCGAGCUCUCUAACCUUCCAGUACGUUCGCGUUCGCGUUCUCCUAGGCCACGACGUGGCGCACGUUCCUUCUCUCGCUCCUACUCCCGAUCUCGGUCACGUUCACGCUCUCCGCCUGGAAGAUUCCGUCGUCGGGGAGGAUGGGAUGGGUACAGAGGAGGAAGAGGCAGCGGAAGGAGAGGUGGAGGCUUUUACCGUCCUGGACGUUCUCGUUCGCGUUCGCGCUCUCGGUCACCGCCACGCCGGAGUGGUGACCGACUCGGACCCAGAAGACGUUCCCCGAGUUAUCAACGGGGAGGUUACGGCAGAAGGUCCAGGUCGAGAAGUUAUUCUGUUCGCUCCAGUCGCUCAAGGUCGAGAUCUUACUCGCGUUCCCGCUCGAGGUCAUCAUACUCGUCGUAUUCUAAAUACAGCAGGAGCAGGAGCAGGUCUAGGUCUGUUAGUAGGGGUAGGAGGAGCCAUAGUCGGGAUGAUAUUCGGGACAGUCGAUCCAGAUCGCCUAUGCGGGAUUAAGAUACUUGUACUUACAGACACUUGUCGUGCUUUUGGAAUUUUCAAGUACAUAUUGAAAACGUACUAUCAAGUUGUCAUGAUUCCCUAGGACAUCCGUGUUAUGCAAGAGUGCAACCGGUUCCUUUAAACAUUGCUCACAAUAAAAUUUAGCUGAUAUU